UGACUCUACGAAUUUUGGAAUUGAGACUGGCAGUCUUGAUUAACCAGUUGUGACUCGAUAAACUUUCCCUCGACGUGAAAACUUCAUUCUCUUCGUUCGAUCCGACCCAAGUCUCGUCAAUUUUCCCGAUUUUCGCAUACACCAAAUGGCGCCCACCAGAGGAUCGUCGAAGGGUGCCUCCUCCGGAGGUGCCUCCAAGGGCCCCAAGGGCUCUAAGCCCUCAUCUAAGCCCUCAACCAUGUCCUCCUCGUCCCGCGUGAGCAAGCCCAGCAGCAAGAAGAAUGUCAAGCGUCCCCCGCCAGUCGAAGUCAAGGCCAAGUCGCGCUCCGCCCCGGAGAACUUGAAGCGGAAGAAGAAGAGAGUCUAUACCGAGGCAGAGCUUGAUCUGCCAAAGUUGAAUCAGAUCACACCCGUUGGAGUUGUUAAGCCCAAGGGAAAGAAGAAGGGCAAGGUUUUCGUUGAUGAUCAGGAGGGUAUGAUGACAAUUCUCGCCAUGGUCAACGCCGAAAAGGAGGGACAAAUCGAGUCCAAGAUGAUGAAGGCUCGUCAACUCGAGGAGAUCCGAGAGGCCAAGAAGGCCGAGGCCGAGGCACGAAUGAAGGAGAAGAAGUCCAAGUUUGACGCCGUGAAGGACUCAAUUCGGAACAAGAAGAAGAACAAGGGUGGAGACGACAAGGGUGCAGAGAGCUCCUCUGCUCCCUCCAAAUCGGCUAAAGGAAAGCGCAAGAGCGUUUCAUUUGCUUAAACGACCAAAAGAAAAGUGGCUAUUGUCUAUACCAUCACCAUGUAUUUAGACGGGGGUCUGGCGUUUGUCUGGGUUUCAUUGUUACUUCGGAUUUCGAACCAUUGUGAAUAGCGUUGACCUGUAAUGGGAACCGUCUCCCAAAGCUUGAUGAAUCACAUCCAACUUCUGAUCAAACUGUCUUGUCUUUGUUAAGAUUAAAGCUCGAAAAUGUCUCCCAG